AUGGAUACAGUCGUUCUACCUCGAUACUCUCUGCCCAGGAAAGCGCGCACAUAUACCAAGCCGCAACCAGACAACAAACGUGAGCUUCGCGGGACUCUAUCCUCAUCAGCACAUCACGGAAUUGAUCUCAAGCAAUCGUGUUCUAAAAAAUUUAUUGACGUGUUUACACGAGCUUCGCAAACGCAAGUCAUUGCUUCGAAUCAAAUCGAGUCGCCCUUGGAUACUUCGCCUAUACUUGCUGAGAUCGGUGACAUGAUAACUUGUUCCCAGAAAGCCAUUGACAGGACAUACGGCCUCGAGAAGUUUAUUUUCCCUAUUGCAGCAGCUCUAGGCCUCUACGAGGACCAGUCGGCAAAACAGAUUAUCAACAGAUCUUUUCUCACAAUCCAUGUUGGUUCUGUAUUUAGGAAAGCAGCAGUAGGUGAGUCAGGUCAUUUGGGAGACGAAAUCCGUACUCCAAUUGUGUGUGGGGCGUCACCAAACAGCGAUGUUGCCUCAGAGGAAGUCAAUACAAUCUCCAUGCUCUUCGCAAAGCUGUCGCCCGCGCACCAGGACGCAUCAAUCACUCUUGCCCCAGGUGAUGGAGCGGAGGACGGCAGGCAGCAAGAACACAGGGAGGAGGAUGAGGACGACGGCGAGAAUUACAAGCAACCUAAGGGCAGGAAAUCGCGCGGGAAGGGUCCCCGAAAGCAGAAUGAAUUUGCUUGUCCGUUCUUCAAGCACGAUCCCCGAAAGUAUGGUGGACGUGGCGGAUGUCGCGAAUAUUCUCACGAGAAAGUUGGCAAUCUUUUGAGGGAUCAUAUCGGGAACAAGCAUCUUCGAGAUAAUGACAUUGAUGCCACUAUGUGGCUACGGUUGAAAGAAACCAAAAAUCUCAGAGGUGCCGCCCGCUACAGAGAGAUGUACGCUCUACUGUUCCCUGAUGAUCAGGCUGGCAUACAGAACCCAUAUUACCACGAGCAAGAGUUCUCAGCUUCAUUGCCAGGCAGGGGCCACAAUCUGCCAAUUGCGGAGCUUACCGCUGCUGCUCUUGAACAAGUGGAAAACAUCAAACUGCUUGACAUGGAGCGUGCUGAAAAAGAGACUCAGAUUCGGGUGCAUGCUGAGCUAGACCUCGAUCAAAUCCAAAUAGAUCUUGACGCUCAAAUACUGAAGUCGAAAGAGGCUGCGAGAGAGAAGAAAUUGCAUGAACGUCUCGCUUGCAAUGAGGAAUUGGAUGAGGUCAGACGCGAAAUGAGUCAGCGUCGUCAGUCGAUUGAAAACCGAUUGGAAUCCAUCCUUCAUGGUCAGGGUCCUGACAUGUCGACUGAGACUAGUAUAGAAUAUGCUGAAGCAGGUGGGAGGACAGGGAUAGCCAUCGAUGAGAAUCAGUCAGUUGCAGGUGAUCAAAGAGGUGUGAGCGAGAUGGGAAGAGCAAUUCCGACCACUCCCAGCUCGACAAUAGCUAGUAAUAUCCAGUCUUCCUCCGGUAUAGGUGCCGGCAACUCAUGGACAUCGAAUGGCCGACUUCUCGCUAUGGAGGCAUUCGAAACAGGGCUUCAGAACACACCAGCUUUCACGCAUCAAGCAUCAAGAGCCAAUGCGCUGAAGGGACACUCGGGUAAUGACGUGGGGAACAUCGUGGUGGUCCAAAAGGCUAAAGAUAAUUUCAACGAAUGGCAGCACACAAGGAAUGACUUCGACGGCGCAGUUGUUGGCUCGCAGCUGAAGGCAACACCGACAUCUUCUCGCCAGUUCGAAGAAUCUAGAGGGUCAGCGGUUGCUCCAUCGAAGCAGGUCACCUCGUCUUCUGCACAUCAUCCACGUUAA